ACACAAUAAACAAAGGCGGACGGACGGGCACACAAAGUUAGAUAUUAUUAUUAUUGGUUAUUGCUAGCAACUUUAGGCGUUCUGGAGCUACGCGCUACUCAACCUCCGGCCGCGAUGAGCAGCAACACGGAUCAGGAAACGGCUCCGAUAGCCGCGCCGCGCAACGGCAGCGCUGGCAGUGUGUUCCGCAGCUUCGGCUCCCUUUUCGGGGGAAACAACUCGGACACCAACACUCGCCCCCAAACGCCGCAAUCUGGCGAUGGCUAUGUGGAGUUUGGGAUGCAGAAUCCGGAACGGAGUGGCCGCACUCUGGGCACCUUUGCUGGCGUCUUCAGUCCGGUGGCCCUCUCAAUGUUCAGUGCAUUGGUUUUCAUACGUGUUGGUUAUAUUGUGGGCAAUGCGGGUCUGUACAUAACUCUGCUGCAGUUCCUCAUCGCUUAUGGGAUUCUACUGUUUACGGUGGCCUCUGUCUGCGCCAUCUCCACCAAUGGAGCCAUCGAAGGCGGCGGCGUCUACUUCAUGAUUAGCCGCACUUUGGGCCUGGAAUUUGGCGGCUCCAUUGGCACCUUGUUCUUCUUUGCGAACGUCGUCGGCUCGGCCAUGGCCAUCUCUGGCUGCACCGAGGGCAUCAUGGAUAACUUUGGCCCGGGCGGACACUUUGUCGGCGACGGUGCCACCCUGCCCGAUGGCAAGUGGUGGCGCUUCCUCACCAGCAGCAUCAUCAACACCUGCCAGCUGCUGGUCUGCCUGGUGGGUGCCGCGCUCUUUGCCAAGACGUCAGUGAUUAUUUUGGGCACGGUGACCGUCUCUCUGCUCGCUACGUACAUCAGUUUCCUGGCUCUGGGCGGCAACAAUGACAAGAUUCCGGUGCCCGUGGAGAAUACCUAUUAUAAUCAGUCUACGUUCCUACCGUACACGGGUCUAAGUGCGAAUACACUGAGCGAUAAUCUGGGCGCGCAGUAUGGCCACGAUUACACAUCGAACAAUAAGAUGGUGGACUUCUCCACGACCUUUGGUGUGCUGUUCUCCGGUGUGACGGGCAUCAUGGCUGGCGCGAACAUGUCCGGGGAGCUGAAGAACCCAGCCAAGAGCAUUCCCUGGGGUACACUCUCAGCGGUGGCAUUUACCUUCGUCUCGUACAUCAUCCUCUCCUUCCUGAUGAGCUGCACCACGCCGGGUGUGACGAUGCGAAACAAUUACCUAUUCCUGAUGCCCGUCAAUGCGUGGCCACCGUUCACGGCCAUUGGCAUUCUGACGGCCACCUUCUCGACGGGCUUGAGCAAUCUGAUCGGAUCGAGCCGCAUACUGGAGGCGCUGUCCAAGGAUCAAGUCUUUGGCUCGCUGCUCAACUUUGUGCUGCACGGCACGUGGAAGGGCAACCCGAUUGCCGCCGUUGCCGUCAGCUGGGUGAUGGUGGAGUGCAUUCUGCUAAUUGGCUCCUUCAACAUCAUUGCGCAGAUCAAUUCGGUGCUGUUUAUGCUCUCGUAUCUGGCCACCAAUCUGGCCUGCCUGGGCAUUGAGCUGACGGGUGCACCCAACUUCCGGCCGCUCUUCAAAUACUUCACCUGGCACACGUGCCUCGUCGGUCUGCUGGGCACACUCAUCAUGAUGUUUGUCAUCAAUCCGAUUUAUGCUUCGAUUUGCAUCAUUCUGUGCUUGAUUUUGGUCAUUGCCUUGCAUCUGUUUUCGCCUGCCACGCAGGCAGCCCAAUGGGGUUCCAUUUCCCAGGCUCUGAUGUUCCACCAGGUGCGCAAGUAUCUGCUGAUGUUGGAUCCGCGCAAGGAUCAUGUCAAGUUCUGGCGUCCGCAGAUACUCCUGCUGGUUUCCUCGCCACGUUCCUGCUGUCCGUUGGUGGAUUUUGUCAACGAUCUCAAGAAGAGCGGCCUCUACAUCAUUGGCCACGUGAUAGUAGGUGACUUCCAGAGCGUCGAGGAUAUGGAGGAGAACCAGCAAUGGUGGUCCUUCCUGGAUCACAUGCGCGUCAAGGCAUUCACGGAGGUCACGCUCAGCCGCAGCAUACGCGAGGGUGUCCAGCAUUUGACACGUUUGUCGGGCAUUGGCGCUAUGAAGCCAAACACAAUCAUUUUGGGCUUCUACGACGACGAACCACCCAAAGAUUUCUUUCAAAACGGUUCCUCCCCAUAUAAAACGGAUGACUUUAACGCCGGCGAAGUGCACAACUUUCCCAUACGACGCGACGGCGAUCCAAAGCAUUUUAAGGUGCAGGAAUAUGUGCAAAUACUCUGCGAUACGCUGCGCAUGAAGAAGAAUCUGUGUCUGUGCAGGAACUUUCAGCGUUUGGACAAGAACUUUAUAGCCAUCAGCAAACAUGUCAAGUACAUUGAUGUUUGGCCCAUAAAUGUAUUUAAUCCCACAUGUGGUGAUCCCUUCGAUAUGGUCUCGCUGUUCAUGAUGCAACUGGCUGUCAUAAUGCUGGCCAAAUGGAAGCAUCUGCGAGUGAGAAUAUUCCUCUGUGAGACAAAUGAUGAGCGAACUGUGGGCACCUUUGACACGCAAUCACCGCAAAUGGAAAUCUUCUCAAAGCUGAAGCUGCAACAGUCGCUCAAGGAGUUGCGCAUCACGGCGGACAUCAUAGAGAUUGAGGAAUGGAGUCGUGACUCGGACUUUGUGCGUCAUGCACGCACCCUCAAGCAGUUCACGGCGCAGGCGGACAACACGCUGCCUGAGGACGAUGAUGGCGAUGAGACAAUGAAUCGUUCGCUGCUCUACAUGCAGCGUGCAAAUCAAAUAAUACGCGAUCGCUCGGAUCAGACGGCGCUAUCGUUCAUCUAUUUGGCAGCGCCACCAAAGCUAACGACAAAAGAUUUUGCUGCACGCAGCGCCAGCUAUGUGGAGCUGCUCACAGAGCUGACGGCUGAUUUGCCGCCCACAAUACUGGUGCAUGGCGUCAGUACGGUGACCUCGACAACGCUGUAGACUCCAGACUCUAGCAAGCAUUUCCACAAGUGAUAAAAGCAAAAAACAACCUCCCAACAUAGUGCAACAAAAGGCACCCGGAAUGAACCAAUUUAAACGCUGUCGCUCUCUAUUUCUGUGUCUGUCUUGCUGGCAAUUUAUCAGCUAUUGUGUGUGUGUCCCAUGUGUGCUUGUAGCUUGUAACAGUGUUCGUUUAAUAUUAGCACUUGUAGUUGGUUCGUUCAGCACCUCUCACACAGAGAUCAGCAUUGAAAUCAAUCAUCAUAUCAGCCGAUUCUAUAACUUAUUUUAUCUAUGACUAAACGUAUCAUGUUUUAAUCCACCACCCACCCCGAUAUUAACAUUUAUUGUGAUUCUAUCUUCUACUUCUAACCACGAACACGAAUAAUGAUAACCGACAGGCAAACACACAAGUAUUAGAGUAUUAAUUAUAAACAUUUCAUUGUGCACUUAGUGAUAACUCCCAACCCCAAUGGGUGCAGCGUGCGGCUGUACUCCCAGUUCAAUGUACGACUUU